CUGUCUCUGCAACCUUUGACGCGACACGCUUGUUCUCUUUUCAACAUCUGUUGCGCUAUUUUAUAUUUUGCAAAUAGUACUUCAGUUUCAGGGGUAGACCAGAAAAAAGGGCCCUUUUCUGAAUUAGAAGCCUUCCGUCUUUCCAUACUCUUGCCCAAAAAAAGGAAACCACCACACAGGGAUACGCGCGAACACGAUGAAUGGUAACGGCGAAAGGAAAGCGGGGUAUCACCUACCAGGUAUUCGGGCUCUGACAAACAACGAGCCUCCACUGAGCUCAGCACGACCUCCGCAGAACAUGAUGCACUCACAGCACCAGCAGGCACCAUAUGACUACGGGCAGGAUCCCCAGGGAGCACCGCCGCGUGGAUAUCCUGGGCCGCCACAUUACAGUGCACCGCAAACGCCGAUGGUGUACCAGCAGCCGGUGCCGGCGUACCAGCAGUGGGAACCGCAGGUGUCAUCAGGGUAUCAGCAAACAGCAGGGCGGCAGUACCAGGGAGGCACAGAACGUAGUUACGAGCGCGACAGAAUGCAGGUUGACACAGGCAUGUCACACAGCCAGCCUAAGCCUUAUUAUUAUCAGCAGCAGCAGCAGCAGCAGCCACCACAUCCUCGCAGCAACAGUAGUGGAUACAGUCAAUACCCGCCGCCACCGCCGCCACCCUUGUCAUAUCCGGCCGGGAAUUCGUCCCAGGCACACCCAAGGACAGGAGGCCAUGUGCCGGGCGGAUUCACAGGGCGGGCUGAUCGAAUGGACACGUCGCCGACAUCACAGUACCCACCGACAUACGGACCUCAGUACUACAGCGGCGCACCACACCGGAUGUCACCGCACGAGCAGGCACCGCAAUAUCAGGCAAUGUCGGGGCCCGGAUACCCAGAGUACGCACAGCACAGCCCAACAGUCAUGCAGGAGCCGCGCGGGGCGAUGGUGGCAGCGGGUCCAAUCAGAGGCAGCGCGCCGCCAGUUCACGGUCCAGCGCCGAGCCACACCACCCAGCAGCACAAUUCGCUGGUCCAGCGCCCGCCUGCGCGGCCCCUGCAGCCGCCCGCGCCCCAGCCGCCCGCCAGCCUGCCAGCACACCGCGCUCACGCCCGGAUGGGGUCCGGCGGCAGCAUCCCGGCAGGGCACUCUGCCAGUCAGCAGCCCGCAGCCCAGCCGGCGGUCCCAGUAGCCCCAGCGGCGUCAUCACGUGGCGGGCGACGCGACCGCAGCCGGCAAACGCAGACGCCCGAUGGCACGGCAAAUCCGGAGCUGGUGGACGAUGAGGCGCGGGAAGCCCACGAGGCGCUGAUGAAGCGACGUAAGCGCAAUGCGCAGAGCGCAGCGCGUCUGCGUGAGCGGCGCAAGAACCGCGAGCAGGAGCUGUUCAGCUCGUGCCAGCGCCUGGAGUCGCAGAUCUCGCAGCUCGAGGAGGAGCUGGCGGACGAGAAGCAGCGGGCGAUUAAAGAUAUCAGGAGGCGAGAGGCGGAUCCGGCGGCGAUUGAGGACAAUUUGCAGGCAGGCGGGAUCCCCGAGACCAGGCAAGAGAAGACGAAUAAGCGGCAGCGCACGGAUGACAGCGAGGCUGGCGGGAAGCGCACGCGGCCGAUGCGCGAGCUCGACCAGGUGCGGCUGGACGAUCUCAGGUCCAAGAUUGCCACGCUAGGAAAGCUCAAUCAGCAGGUGUGCGUCAAUUUAGGUGUCCUCAGGCAGGAGAUUCGGCGGAUCUCGCAGACGAUCAUCACGCAGAAGGACGGUCAGCAGUCGGCUACCGCGGCAUGAUGAAGCAAACAAAAAACCAUAUUUGAACUUCCCCCUCUUGUAACCAUCCCCCCAUUACACAUUUUUCCGACACUAGUGUCAGCCUAGACAUGAAAUCCUCUUUUGCUAAUUCU